CACGUGAGUCAGGUCGGGAAGAAACGGGAGAAACAAASCGAAGACGACAAACAAUCCAUUCGAAAGUACAUCAUCGCAGCGCCAAACGUACUGCCUCCUGUACAGUACCUGGUAACGUACAGUAGUAUCGUUCGUACUCGUACCCUAGUGGGUGCAACCCGUGCGUGAAUCGUACAACUCUCGACCCUUUUCUUUGGUGGACACGAAACGAAUCUCGGCGAGACAGCCUUGUUUUGACGAUCGACGAUUCYCCAAAGAAUGCAUUCCGAGGCCACCGUCGCUGGAUUUCCGUCUCCCACUGCAUUYCGAAUCUGAAACCACACAAAUUUUCGACGAACCAUCGAAACGUCUGUUGCACGAGUUGCUUGUUCGAUACAGGAAUCACCACGAAUCGAUCACARUUCGAUUCGAUUCGAUCCGACAGAGGAGCGAUCCGCCAGCACCAUGAUCCGGCAAUCCCUCCGUUCCGCCGCGGAGCGGACCCUGCGGUCCCCCCGGUGCGUUUUUCGGCAGCAGCGCUCGGCCCACCGCUCCCCGCCCAAGCCCCUCCCGACCUCCGCGGCGGGAAAGGGGACCGCUGGCCUCCGGAAGGUGGCGGCGAGGGCGAGCUCGUCCGCGGCCGCCGGCACAAGCGGUGGCGGGCCGCUCUCGCGGGSCCUGCCCGCCUUCUCUAGGGAAUCCCUCCGCGGUGCCCUGCCCCUCAUCGGCAACGGGGCCUACAUGGUAAGUCCCGCACCGAUCGGCGCGCUAAAUGCGGACGCGGGGAGAGAGAGGCAGGAGGGACCACCGGACGGUGGGUGAGAUCGUUGGAUCUCUGGUACCCCUACCCCAGCUUUKGCGGCGAACCACGAAUUCUCUCUCUUACGCACAUCUGUUUUCGCUCGCGAAAACCGCAACCUCGUUUCCUUCUCUUUUCUUUUCUUUUCUUCCCCAGGCACUGGCCUCGGGGUUUCUCAUGACGGACAUGCUACAGCUGCGCCUCAUGCUGGUGGGCGGAUACGCCGGCCUCGUCAGCUUCCACGCCCUCCACCCCAAGCCCCUGCAGAUCCCCCUGCGCUGGUCGGCCCUCUUUGUGGUGGUCAACGCCGGGGCCGCGGCGCUCCUCUUUGUGGACCAGUGGAUCGGGGCCCUCUUGACGGACGAGGAGCGGGCCCUAUACGAGGAGCAYUUUAGGGACGGUCUGACACCCGGCCAGUUCUAUUACCUGGUGCGAAAGGCCAGCACCCGGGAGGUCGACGACGGGGUCGUUCUGACAAAGGAAGGCAAGGUCUCGCCCUAUCUCUACUUUAUCGAAAAGGGCCAGGCCAAGGUCUACCACCACGGCACCUUUGCGGCCUAUGUCGACGAGGGAGGCUUUGUCAACGACGUGGCGUUUCAGCAGAUGCAGGGAGAGGAAGAGGGCAGCGACGAACCGAACCGGGACGCCGGAGCCUACGGAACCGUGGUCACCCAUGGCGACUGCAAAGUCCUGGUCUGGGACCAGGAAGAGCUCCGGGAAUACCUGAGGGAACGCCCCGAGAUGGACCGCAACAUGAAGUACACGCUCAGCCAACACCUCGUGCGGUCUCUACUAAAGCAGAGAGAGGUCCGGAGGAGGCUCUCCGCGUCCGAUCAGGACGAACUGGAGCAGAUCGAAAUGACCAUGCCGGGGCGAAGGGAAUUCCGGCGCAUGAGAACCUCGGCGUGGCCAUGAGAGCCGGCACGAAACUGGAGAACCAAAAAUGUAGCACGGUUCUGUUCGAAACAAAGAAACGCGCCCCUGUGAUGGCUCUCAUACUGAACKGCUGGGUUUCAGUCUUUCGUGUCUGUAAAUGACGUUGCGUCCCCAAAUAUUCUCAGUUUGGGGGUGAGAGAAGGGCUGCCAGGCAACACUGCGUUUCGCUACGCUUUACUACGACAAAUGCAGUACCUGAUUGACCAACAGGUGGAUCCCGAGAAGACGAAUGCAAUUGUUUGCCUUCCAUUUUCUUUUCCGCCCGGCACCACACGCCAACACGAACGGAGACACGACAACUAAAAUGCGUGCCUACCAAUGCAUCGCGUUUCAUCGAUCUGAUCUGAUGMGGAACCAGCUCUCGUGCAUUGACAACGUUGCAAAUGAAUGCAUCAAUCAAUACAGAGGAAUGUUUUUUAAAAAAUCUACACAUAAUGUGAAACGCAGCGUACGUGCAGUAUUAUUCAUACGAAASUCUUACUACUCCUCAAAAAAUUAUGGCAACAGUU